AUUAGCUACGAAGCCUCCUUGGAGGCGCUGAGCCUGAAGCGGUUCUACCCCUCGUUCCUGCGCACCAUUCCCAGUGACAGGCAGCAAGUGAAGGCCAUCUUCCUGCUGCUGCAGCGCGACGUGUGUGUCGCCUACCGAGGCAUCAUCCCCGUCAACAGGGACGCCAGCAGCCCGGAGCUCCGCAACCUGGUCAGAAUCCUCACAGACGUCAGGGUCAAUGUCACCGUUGUCUUUGCCAACAGAGGAAGCGCCCGCCCUUUCUUUGAGGUGGUGGUGCAGAGGAACAUCACCGGCAUGGUGUGGGUGGGCUCUGAAGACUGGUCAUUAGACCAAACCAUCUGGCAGGUGCCAGGCAUCCAGAGUAUCGGCUCAGUGAUCGGCAUGUCGGUUGAGAAGACAGCAUCCACAAUGCUGGAACGCUUUGAGUCUUGGAAGACAGCAGAGGAAAGCACUGCACCUGAACGUGCCGGCAGCACAGAGGCAGGUGGGGGGACUGGAGGCGGCGCACAGCUGCGCUGCACCCAGCGCUGCACUGGCUGCCGCUUGCUUGCCGCUGCCCCUGACAUGUAUGACGCUCAAGCCUCCUUCAACGUGUACUCAGCUGUGUACGCUGUGGCCCACGGCCUCCACGACCUGCUGGGCUGCGGCUCGGGGGCGUGCAGCAAAGGCACAGUCUAUCCCUGGCAGCUCCUACAAAAAAUCAAGCAAGUAAACUUCUCCCUGUACAAGAGCCACAUCUCUUUUGAUGCCAGUGGGGACAUCCGUAAAGGCUAUGACAUCGUCAUGUGGAACUGGAGCGGCCUGAGCUGGGCUUUUGAUGUGAUAGGAACCUUCAGCGUGAACCCUGACAGGCUGAGUGUUGACCAGGGCAAAAUCCUGUGGCACACAAAAGAUCGCCAGGCUCCCACCUCUGUGUGCUCUGAGGCCUGUCAACCCGGGGAGAAGCGGCUGCAGCGGAGCCACCACCGAUGCUGCUUCAGCUGUGUGGCCUGUCCAUCAGGAACCUUCCUGAACAGAUCAGACCCCUAUGGUUGCCAGCCCUGCAGGGUAGACGAGUGGGCCCCGGCAAGGAGCGAAGCUUGCUUCAACCGCACCGUCGAGUUUCUGUCAUGGUCUGAGCCUCUCUCCUGGGCACUGCUGACCCCCACUGUCCUCCUCAUGCUGCUCAUGGCAGGGCUGGCUGUCCUCUUCGCCCUGAACGCAUCCACACCAGUGGUCAAGUCUGCAG